CCCUCCAGACGCUCCUGCCAAUUCCAGGUGAGCAACGGCGCAGCAAGCUUCCGCAUUGAGGUGCUGUUUGGGGUGCGGCAAGGCGACUCAGACAUCUUUGUGAGCAGCCAGCCUAGGGAGGCCUGCACGCCAAGCACAACAUGGCCGGAGAGCUACGCCGUGGCAGAGAUGAAGUUCUUCAAGUGCAUCGCCAGGCAGGCCCCCCCUGACAGCUUGCACCUCAAAUGCCUGCAGUUCUUCAGCUGUCUGCAGCUGGGCUCCGGCUUUUCCACCUACACCAUCAAGACCAUUGUCAUGCACCUCCUGUCCAUCAUCCCCGUGUCACGGUGGCGCAGGAGAGAUUUUGUCAGGCGACUGGUGGAUAUCAGCGAGGGCCUGCGCUUCUGCGUGCAAGUGAGAUGCCUCAACCACUUCAUCGUGGGCAACCGGAGCCUUCCUGGGGAGAUCAGGGUUCCCCCAGAGGUGCAAAUGGCCGAGACGUGCAAUCUCUUCCAC